ACAUUCUCCAGAAUAUCUAAGAAAUGUCCACAGACAUUGUCUGUGAACUGAGGACUGGUGAACUUAUAGUGGAAAAGAUCGAAAAAAAGGUUAGCAAACAAAAUUUAUGUGAGCCAAUGCAAUGAGUGAAUUAGAAAAUUUGGGAGACAAUCCUGCAGAACCUGUACCGAAUGUAGCUACAGCCGCAGAACCAGGCCAACCUGUGGAACGGGAAUUAGCGCAAAUUUCUUCAGAACCUGAAGAAGUUACAAAAUUACUCAUUAAUUAAUCAAUCAUUUGAAUGCCUAAAAAAUUCUCAAACACUUAAUUUAACAACAUGAAUUCUUCUAAGAAAUUAAAAAAAUUUAAUUUCAUAAAAAAUGUAUAGUUUUUUAAGAUUUAAGAAAUGCAUAUUUUAAGGUACUUCAUUUCCGGGAAACAAUCAAAACCACGAGGUAGAAGAAUUAUUAAGAAGAGAGCCCAUAGUAUCAGUUAAAUUUGCCGACGACGAUGAAACCAGAGACCAAAAUUUAGAAGCAUAAUAAAAAUACGAUGGGUAAUACAUUGACAGUAGCGUCUGUAAAUGCUACAGAGUUGAUAAUCCCCAUAACUGAGGAGACUAUUACAAAACCUAAAAGUCACGUCGGUAAAAAUUUCGAUGGGGAACCACCACCGGAGUGUCCGAUGCACAAACCAGCUCAGAAACCUGAAAAAUUUGUUAGCGAGUGCCCUAUCGAUCAUAUGAAAGACAGUGACGUAAAUCCGCUAAACAUGAUGCCUCCAGCCAAUCAGAAACCAGCACCAGACCAGCCUUUCCCCUUGCCAACAGAAAGGCAAGUUUCCACAAUACCAAAAGCAGCAGGCGAAGGCGAAUUUUGGGUAUACCCUUCACAGCAAAUGUUCUGGAACGCUAUGUUGAGAAAAGGUUGGCGUUGGAAGAGCGACGACAUUGCUCCUAAAGAUAUGGACGACAUAAUUAAAAUCCACAACGCCAAUAACGAACAAGCGUGGCAGGAAGUCCUUAAAUGGGAAGCGUUACACGCUCGCGAAUGUAUGAACCCUAAACUUAAAAGUUUCGGAGGAAAAGCUAAAGAUUAUUCUCCUCGAGCGAGAAUUCGAAAUUGGAUGGGAUACGAAUUACCAUUUGAUCGACACGACUGGAUCGUUGACAGAUGCGGAAAAGAUGUAAGAUAUGUUAUAGACUAUUACGACGGCGGAAGCAUAGACGCCAAAUACAAAUUCGCUCUGUUGGACGUACGACCUGCGAUGGACUCAUGGGAAAAUAUUUGGGAUCGGAUGAAAGUCACCUGGUGGCGGUGGAGAUACAGUAGCAGUGAAGAUCAAUCCGAAUCCUCCUCCCAAGUUCACUGAAUCCCGUCAUAAAUCUCUGAAGACGUAUGUUAAUGCUAGUAUUUUCCGUUAACUUCACCGUCUACCGUUAAUAAAAAAUGACAAUGUUACGUUUUCAAAGUCGUAUCAAUGCUUCACGUAUACUCAGUAUCUAGCGAUUCUUUACAACAAAAUUCAAAGUCUUUUCCAGAUUUAUAAUCAAUUAUUGUAUAUUCUAUAGUCAAUUUAUUAAUUAUAUAAAGUAAGUAAGCAAAUGAUAAGAUCAGGUUUUCAAGAUCGCUAGAUACAAAGUCAAUUAGCUAGCAAAAGUAUAUUUUAAUUUAAGCGUUGAAAAUUAUUAUCUUUUCAGCAAGAUUCUAGAACAAUCACUCAGCUGAAAAUAUUAUCCAGACUUGAUCCAAGGAUUUUUUUAUUUAAAAUAAAUGUCCUUAUUUUAAUUCAGACUUCACUGCCAACUCAAGUGUACAUAUGAAUAGCGCUGAUGAACUUAAAUAUGGGUUAAGAAAUAUAACAACAAACUUUAAA